AUGCAAGGCCCAAUAUCAUAUCAACAAGUUGAUGCCCAAGUACAGGCUCAUGUACAAUCACAAGUGCAAGCACAAUCGGAAUAUCAAGCACAAUAUAGACAAACUCAAAAUGAAAUUUUAAAUUUACAAGCCACUAUUUUGAAUAGUGCUAAUAGUGCCAAUAAUAUAAGUCGGCCCCAUGAUCAUCUUCAUAUUUUACCCAAUGAUCUUGAUAAUCGAAUGGAAAAUGGCGGGGCAAGGAAUAAUGAAAUUGAUAAUUUUACUUUUAUAAAUAAUAGUAAUGUAUUAAAUUUUGUGGCUAGCAAAUAUAAGAAGGUAGGUGAUCAAGAGAAUCAAAAUUUAGGUACACUUUUUUAUCAUCCCUUUAAAACUGGUUUUUUCAAUAUUGAGGAUGAACUUAAUAAUUCCAAACAGAGAGAAUUGGAAGUUAGAAACGGAUUUGGGUACGAUUAUACAUUGCCAAGACCUUUUUUACCAAACUUAAAUACAAAUGAUAUCAACAAGAUAAUAACAAUAAAGAUAAAUUACGAAGAUUAUAUAAGUUCGAUGAAUAGAGAUGAUAUAAACUCGCCAAGGUCAAAUAAUAAUGAAAUAUGGGGGUGUGAUAUCUAUACCGAUGACACUGAUCCGAUCUUAGCUUUAAUACAUUGUGGCUUCACCCUAAACAAUAUUAACAAAUUCUCUAGCACGGAUAAAAAAAUUGAUGAGAUGAAAUUUAAGAUGACACCAGUCAAUAUCAACAACACAAAUAAUAUAUUUGGGAUAUUACCUAUUGAAGAAGAUAUGAAAUUCGAUAUUGAAUUGGAUAUUUUGAUCCUGCCAUCGUUAGAAAAUUACUAUAGUAUAAGACGAAAUAAUAUUACUUCCAGAAACUGGGGAGCUCUAAUUGGAUCUACUUGUCAUGACGGAUUAAGUUACGGUAUUUACAAGAUUGCAUUAAAAUUAAGAGAUGAUUCUACUAAUGGGUUAACUAAUGACCAACAUAUUCUGGAUAAUACUUGGUAA